GAAGAAGAAGAAGAAUAAGAAGAAUAAGAAGAAGAACAAGAAGAACAAGAACAAGAUGGGAAGGAUUUGUGCUGUCAGGAACUGCGGGAAAAUCCCUUAUAAUAGGUGCUGUCAUCGACUUCCUUUCCACAGUCCUGAACGACUACAGUUGUGGCUGUUAUUUCUCGGGUUCGACACAAACACACCUGUGGAUGUUCUUCGGGAAGCUGACCAUCGCGUUUGCGCCUUGCAUUUUCGGCGAGAAGACUAUGUUCAGUCGACUGGUUUGCGAAAAAAGUCUCCCAAGAAACUAUACCUGCAAAGGGCAGCUGUACCGACGCUUUUGGGACCAACGGUAGACGAAGAAGAUCUUGGGCUUCACAUAACCAUCCAGAGAGGGACUGCCUUCCCUUUAAUGGAGAAAUGUAUGACCUGCUGCCCCCCAGGGACGUAUCAUUGUCCCUUCUGCUCACCGGCCUUUUUUAAGCCUGCAAAGCGCUCCAAAGUCAUGGUGCAUUUAGAAUUUCACCUGAAAAAGGCCUGUCAACUUGGAGGGUACACCAUCCACAGAUGUGGACUGGACUGCGCCAAACGACCACAUUACCACUGUUUGUACUGCAUAGCCAUGCUGGGAGGCAAGCUUGAUUUCUACAGACAUGUGGAGUUCUGCAAAAAGAUGCAAAAAAGAACAGAUAAUCCACAGGAUGAAACUUUAUUAACUAACAGAGCCAGAGCCGAUCCUGAAAAAGACAUGUCCUCAUAUUUUAUGGGGCCCAAUGAAAGUGAGAGUGAAGAUGUCCCCAUGGAUGCUCAGAGUAAAACCGAAGGGGAGGGAAGCAGCAGCAGCAAGUCGGACAUCCUGUUAGUUUGCAGACCGAGCGACGGCAAUGCUGCAGUGAAAGAAGUGCCACUUGUGACCAAACAGCACAAAAUGUUGCAAGUGAACUUGGAUAAACCACAGGACUGUGACGAGUUUUACUUCAUGAACCUGGCGAAAAUGUUCAAAAAACUGGCCCCUUCCAAAAAGACAGAUGUCAGGAUGAAAAUCGAGAGAGUCCUCUUUGAAGCUGAGUUCAUGUAGAGGUUCAUGGUUCAUCAUUUCCAACAUUUACCCUUUAUUAUACAGGAUUGGGGUUGAUUUAGCUUAUUGCAUCUGUUAGCGUUACUGCUCGGUAUUUUGACUCCUACAGUGUUUCUUUAUUUUGCCUGCAAGCCAGCCGUCUCCUAAUUCACAGAACCAUUCUAUCACUCUAAACUUUUAGCAAAAUCUAUACUGCUUACAUUUGCAAAAACUCACAGGCUGCCACUCAUUUAAGAGGCUCUUAGGUUUCAUGUACAUAUGAGCUAUAAAUUGGAGUCAUGAUGGUAAUACCUGCCUUUUCCCCAUUUAUAGUUUAUGGCUUUGAUCAUAAAUAACUGAAUGCUUUACAGGAGUCUCUGACAGAGACAGCUACUUUGAUGACAUUCCUUUAACUGGCUGUAUUUCUUUAUCCAACCUGUUUUUGUUAAAUGAAUUCGUAGAGCGAUGCAACUGAAACUCUUUUUUUUUU